AUGAGAACUACAGGCCUUUUCGCCGCGGUCUUUGUGAUCGCCAAGACAUGCUAUGGUGAACCCGUCCCUGCCGCAGCAGCAGCCACUACUUCGAAGGGUGUCGAAGAGCCUUCCUCGACACCUAUUCUCGGAGCUCAGAUCGUCCAGGGAUGCUUCUCAUCUCAAGGAGAAUUGAAGUUCAACUCCACUCCGGCCUUCAACUCUAAGAGCAGCUGCGCAUUCGAGAUUUGCUACGCGUCAGGGAAAAAGGUCGCCGGAACCAGCGGAGGCAAUGAAUGCUACUGUGGCGACAAGUACCCACCGGAGAGCACUCUUGUCGACGACAAGAAGUGCAAUAGCCCUUGUGCAGGGUACGAUCAACAAGCAUGUGGUGGUCUCAAUUACUGGACCAUUUACAAUACUGGUGUCAUGUUAAAUGUCGAGUCCUCAGAUGACGAUGUGAUCUCAUCAGCAUCUGCGAGUGCGUCAGCCACAAAGCCAGCCGUCGUGACAGUAUCAGGAAGUGUCGUCAUCGUAACACAGACAAGCAGCGCACAGGAAUCAGAGACAUCAACUGCGAAGAAAUCAUCAUCCAACACCGCAGGUAUCGCCGCCGGAGUUGUCGUGGGUGUUGUGGCGGUUGCAGGUAUCGUUGGAGGCAUCUUCUUCUUCAUGCGUCGUAGGAGGAACAAGGAAAUCGAAGAGGAGCACCGCCGCAAUGCUGCCGUCAACGCGUUCAUUCAUGGCUCCAAGCCUCCCAGCAGCAGCGGAGGUUUCUCUAUCUCUGACUCGCGUCUUGACCCCGUCAUGGCCCAACGCAGACUGAGCGAUGGAAGCAUCGCUGACAACCAAGAUUACUCAAGGAAGAUUCUCCGAGUCACCAACGCAUAA